UUGAUUGAUGUAUGGCACACAGAAUUAAAUUUGAGUUAUCAGGCUAUAUUCCAUUUUUAUGAACCAACAAAAAAUUAUAUACAAAUACGAAUCCCACGAUUCUGAUCGACAUUUACUACGUGUCUUAUAUAGGUUUGAAUAUGGGCGCCAGCAACAGCAAGCCUCAAACAGUGCAAAUGUCCAAUGCAUCGCCAUUUCAAAUUAGCCGCGAUGUCUUGGAGCGCGUUGAGAAGGCCUCCGCCCCACCCUCCUCUUCAGACGCAAUCACCCACAUGCCGACGGAGAUCCCAACUGCAGCAAGUCAGCUUGUCUGUGAGAAGUGUGCCCGCACAGCAACGGCGGAAAAAACACCGCAGGUUCCACAGCCAAUGACCGCUGCCGCUUCAUCGUGGACACGACGCUCAACGGAAAUUGAGGAAUUACAGUUUAGCAAGACGUUGGACCGAGUGCAUCAUUUAUUUGGGCAACCCGUCAAAUGGGCUAAGGCCAAUGAGUGCUCCGACGAUAUUGAGGGAAUGGAGCGACAAUUGAUAGCCUGUUAUCGGGAGUACGGCAGCGAGCCGCUGAAGUGCGCCCAGUUGGCGAGUCAGUAUCACAGUUUUGUAUUCAAUAAGCAAGUCGCUGCAGUGCAAAACACAAAGUCGUCGUCGUCCAAUGGCCAACAGCUCUCGAAGGGAUCUACAACAACAACAGAAGAAAGAAAGUGAUCCAUGCUUGAAGUCCGGAGGAUGCUAAAGAGUGGAUUGUUAAAUACUAAUUAUUAUAGAGACGAAUAUUAAAUGCGCGCAUUUCAUAAGCAAUUUAAAUAUAACAGUCAAAUUUAAAGCGAUCUUUUUGUCGAUAUAACGGAUCGAU